AUGCCGGGCUACGAGGGCGCGGUGAUUAACGUCAUCAGCGCCAGUAAUAGUCUGGCGUCGACGAGCAUCUUCGAGGUUAACAUGAAUAACACUACGUCUGUUACUUAUGAUUCGUCUCCAUCAAACAGUAGUAAUAUUUAUACUGUCAUUACGCCAUCAUACGAGUCGACGACAUCCGUAAUUUCGUCCUCGACUUCGGAGGAACAGGAACGAGAAGUUGAACAAGUUGAAAGAGGAGAAGAAGAAGAGGAAGGAGAGGAGACAAUUACAGACUUAAAUAUUUGUAGUGGCUGUCUAUUUAAGCAAACAAGACUUGAAGAAGAGGAGGAAGAAGACGAAGGUUAUGCGUCAGGGGAUGAGUCCAAUGAUUUGAUAGAUCGUGAGAGCGAAAAAAUAAAUGUUGAUUUAAUUGAAGAGGAAUUUAAGGACACUGGGUUACUAUUCAGUUCCGAGGAGGAUUUUAUCACAAUGGACGAGUUAAAUGGUAGUUAUUUAAACAAAAGUUAUGAGGAGUUUAGUAUAAAUGAUAAUAAUACCAGAGAUGACAACGAAACUUAUAUCGAAGGUCUGUAUCCGUCGGGCUACAGCCUGGUACAGAUAAUAUUCGCCUCGAUUGCGGCGACGAUACUCAUGAUUAUUGUCGUCGUUGGCAAUAUGCUCGUAAUAAUAGCAAUCGCGACUGAAAAGGCGCUCAAGAACAUACAGAAUUGGUUCAUCGCGAGUCUGGCGGUUGCUGAUUUUUUUUUGGGCCUUAUAAUAAUGCCCUUUUCGUUGGCCAACGAGAUAAUGGGCUACUGGAUAUUUGGGUACUGGUGGUGUGAUAUUUACUCGGCGAUGGACGUGCUACUGUGCACCGCGAGUAUUAUGAAUCUGUGUUUGAUAAGCUUGGAUAGAUACUGGAGCAUUACCCAGGCUGUUAAGUAUCUCAAGAAACGGACUCCGGCAAGGGCCUUUUUUAUGAUUACGCUUGUUUGGAUUCUCUCUGCGCUUAUUUGCAUACCACCGCUUUUGGGCUGGAAAAGACCCAGUCCUGAAGAGGAGUUUCCCAAGUGCAAGUUGUCGGAGGACAUUGGGUACGUACUCUAUUCAGCACUUGGAAGCUUCUACAUCCCCUCAUGCAUCAUGGUGUUCGUAUACAUACGCAUAUAUUUUGCGGCUAAAGCAAGAGCAAGAAGAGGGAUACGGAAGCAGCCGAAACCGCGGCCAGCGGCACCACCCGAGUCACCGGAUAUCCGGCAGACGAGCUUCACCCAGUCUACCUCGGCAGCAGAGCCCAGACUGGGACACGGUAUCAAUACUAUUAAAAAUGUAGCGACCAUUGAAAAUCAAGCUGUACAAAUUCCCAUCGUCACUUGCGACUUUGCGAGUGACGUAAGUACUUCCGAGGCCGAUCCUGGCGGCGGAUCGACUGCCGACGAAAAAGAUACACUCAAGGUAUCAGUGACACUGCCAAUGCAGAAGACAAAUCUAAUGGCAACGUUAUCAGUGAACGGGAAUGAGGGUCAGUCGGGUCUAGCAACAUCAGCGACCAGCAGCAUACCAUUGACAUCACGAUGCCGUGCCCCCAGUGUCGGGAUUGAUGUUGAUAUGGUGUCGGAAUUUGAUCCCUCGUCAUCAGACAGCGGGGUCGUGUCUCGGUGUGCUGUUGUAAAACCGCUUAAAUUACGUUUAUGUCGUCCGAUAUUUGGUCGGAAAGCCAUCGGUAAAGUAAAGCGCGACAACAACAGUGACGUGUCCUCAUCGCGUAACAACAACCAGUCUGGCAACAACAACAGUCGCGAUUGUGGGACACCAGUAGAAAUUAUAAAGCCAGUAAAGCCGCGUGAUCCAGAGCGAGAAAAACGUCGGAUCGCUCGUAAAAAGGAAAAACGGGCGACGCUUAUUCUUGGCCUGAUAAUGGGCAGUUUCAUAGCAUGCUGGUUACCAUUUUUCUUUUUGUAUAUCGUCAAGCCAUUGUUCCCAUUUCUAUCAAUACCUGGACAAACAUUCGUAAUAGCGUUCUGGCUCGGAUACAUGAACUCCGCCCUCAAUCCUGUUAUUUAUACAGUAUUCAAUAAAGACUUUCGUCGCGCAUUCCGUAGGAUACUUUACAAAUGAAUCAUUACGUUUUUUCUUACACUUAAAUAUUCGACUGACUUUCAAUCAUUUUUUAAAAAUCCACGGCCAGGAAAAUUUGAUCUGCUUUGAGUCUUUCAUCCUUUAUUGGACUUAUCGAUCUACUGUACAAUUUGUUUAGAAAUUUUCGAAUUUAUAAUUUACGAUGAUAAAAAAAAAUUCUUCAAUCCGCGGAUUUUUUUUUAUUUAUUGUAUGAAUAAAAUUUUCCCUCAGAGAAAACGGAGGGAAUAAAAAAAAAAUUAAAAAUCACCCGAUCCACAGAAAUUUAACGAGCGAACUACAUAUGGAUAAAAAAAAAUUUACUAAAUUAAAAUUAAAAUUUAACUUGAAACGGAUUAAAUUUUCCGAGCCAGGUCAUAAAAAUUAUUUAUUAUUAUUAUUGUUAUAAGUAUUUAAUAAAAUAACUUAAAAAUAAUAUUUGAUAGCGAAAGCGGCGUGAGGGCUAAAGUUUAUGGAAAAGUUUAAGAUUUUCGGUUGUAAAUUCAAAGUUGGACAUGAUCUUGAUCUCCCUUUCGGGCUUGGGCUUGAGUUCGAGUACUUAAGUUCAGUUAUCGGACAAGUCUCGAGAAUUUAGACGAUGAAAACUUGUGGACAUGGGUCUUGUUAAUGUUAAAUAACUUUAGAAUAAUGGAAAUUUCUCAAGGGUCCUCACGUCAAUCGACAUUAUAAUUCAUAGCGUUAACUCGGGACUGGAAUUGAACAUAACCUAAUCAGCGCGAUAUUAUUAUCAUUAUUAUUAUUACUAUUUUUUGAAUUUUUAAAAAAUUUUAGAUUGAGAAUCUGUCGCACUCAGAUCGUUAAUUAAAUUUAGUAACACUAUUUAAGGGAGUUAUUAUAAAUUUAUAAAAAAAUGAGUACG